GCCGUGGGAACGGGCGCUGUUUACACGCAGCUCUGCGUUGUGGCCGGAGACGGCGGAUGGAGCUGGGGCGAGUCCUUCUCAGCCAUUGCAGAGGAAGUGAGUCCUGCUUUAACAACCUGACAGAUCUUCCUGGGGUCUAAGGCAGGAAGGACAGUCUCCAGCCCAGAACACCAGCAGCCUCAGCCUGACAUGUUCAUGAGGACCGCCUGUGCCUGGGGAACUUUGGAAAGUGACCAGAAGCAUAGAAUACUCUAGAUCUGGAAGGGAAGGUGCCUUGAGAAGCAAUGGCCACGGAAGCACCUCUGAAAAUAGCACUAUCUGAAUGCAGCCCUGCUCUGGACCCAGAAGCAGCUUUCAUCUGGCAGCCAAGCCCUGUUACCAUGCAUGUCACAAGGCCCAAGUCUGCCAAGGGACGCACUCGAACAAAUCUGAACUACUCCCACAGCUCAGAGUCUUCCUCUUACCGCAAGCCGCCUUCCCCUGCUCCAACAGCUCCCGGCGAUGGGCCGGGCAGCCAGAAACCAGUGAGCUCAGCUCCCAAACCCCCUAAUCAGGGAGCUCCUGAUGAGAUCCCAGAGCUGCUCCAGCAGGUGCCUGUCGGGUCCUCCUCCUCUCUCAACAAGUACCGAGUACUCCCUUCCAUUAACAGAAAGAACUUGGAAGAUGGGGCUGUGGAUACAGUGGCCAAACAGGCCAGCACUCUCAAACUGAGCAGCUUGCAGGAGCUUAAGGCCCUUUGCAGGGAGGAGGCCUGCAGCGGGAAGUCAAGGGAAGGAUGUUUGCGAGCCCCUGCCCCUCCCCUGGAGAGCAAGCCCUGUAGUAGAACCAAGGAGCGCAACGUGUCCCUGGUGGGGAACCUUGAGGAGCCAUCAGAUGGAGAGCCCAGGCUGCUGCUGGCUGUCCGGUCUCCUUCCGGGCAGAGGUUUGUCCGUCAUUUUAGACCAACCGAUAACCUCCAGACAGUCGUUGCAGUGGCUGAACAAAAGAACUUGACAACCUAUCACCACUGUAGCAUCGAAACUAUGGAAGUUCCUAGAAGGAGCUUCUCUGACCUCAGUAAGUCCCUGGAAGAAUGCGGGAUCCCUCAUAAAUCUGUGCUGGGCAUCUUACAGGAAGAACGAGAGGGCCAGCCCUGAGGCCCUACAAGGUUUGCCGGGCUCUUGCUGCAGGAAAUGCCCCUGAGUGCUGUGGACUUGUAGGCCAUGGGAGUCCUAGGAACUAAAUGGGCCUGGAAUGGCCUGUGGUUCUUAGUGCUUCUGUUUCCAGAGAGCCUCCUUUUGAAGUAGUAAGAUGUAUAUAAAUUGAGUGUGUUGAAAGACAUCUUUCCAAUUCUUUCAGAGCCUUCCCUCCAUCUCAGGCGAGUAGGCAAGUUAACAAAGCUGUUUGUGAAACGGUGGCUCCCAGAGCUCAUUUUUUCCUAUGUUUCCCUGCCCCUACUUCCAGGGGCAGUCCUCUUGGAGCUACUGGUCUGUCUUUGCAGUGGACUCACCCCCUUUCAAAGCCUGCCUUUGCCUUUCCGGAUUUGGCUGUGGGAAUUCUUACUUUCCAGGGGAUUUGGGUCCAGGUGGAUCACCAGCUCUAAAGAGUGGUGACACUGAUAGGAGUUAAUAUUCCUUAAAACCACCUUUCAAUCCCAGGGAAUUGGGGUGUCACUGGGGGGAGCAGGAGCCUGAAGUUGGCCUGGCUGGUUGGGAGUGGGAGGAUCUUACCUAGGAGGAAUCCUACUUAUCAUGCUAGGUGGCAGAUAGUCAGAGAGGACUUGUUCUUCUCCUUUAUCUAGCUCCCUGAGUACUCAACACGCUUCUAAAAAUGGCUCCUGAGACCCAAAGCAAGCUGGUUUGUAGUUGAGACUGUCCAGGUUAGGCUCUAUUCUUUUUGGCAGCUGCCUCUGGAGGUGGGGUCAUUUCCCUCCGCUAACUGAGGCCCGCAGAGUGAUGCACAGUGCCUCCUCUUCGUCCCCAUUGGUUCCCCCCCCCCCCAAAUAUUCCUUCAGAGGAAUGGGAUUGGACAGGCUCAGCCUCUGGUGGAGGAAUAGUCAUGAUCUCUAAUUUGCCAGACUGUGCUCACUCCUGGCCUUUGGGGGCCAUCCAGACCAGUGUUUCCACUUCAGCAGGAGGCCUCUUGGAACAGCUCUGUUCACUUCUCUUCCCAAGAAAGGGGUUUAGUGUUAGGCCAUUGUGCAUGUGCUAAAAAUUGGGAUCUAGACUUCUGGGUGGGAAGAAAGGGCAUUUCCCAUCCCAACUCGGGAGCAAGAUUGGAGACUUUGGAGGAGGGUGUCUUGUUUUCACAACUACCCAAACAGAGUGAUGAAUACAAUUUGCCAAAACCCUUUUGUAUUAUAACUGCUCUUAAAAUCCUACCAGUUAUUUGGACCCUGUUGAUGGCCAAACUUCCAUUGGGAGGGAGUGUUGAGAGAAGAGCUCCAGAGGUGCCAGCUGCCAUGUUCCCACACAGACAGCGACUUGAUCAGCCACUCUGAAACAAGGAAAGGGGGCUGUUUGUUCCCCCUCCGCCUCCCCUCCCACUUAGCCUCAGUACUUACCAGCUUGUGGCUCUGUUGAAAAGGCAGGGGCCCAGCCACAAGAAGUCCCAGAAGCCCCUGGAUGCCGCUACCUCGGCAUCUACUGCAUUUUGCACACAGAUAAAGGAUGGAGUAGUACAUUUUACUCCCAGCAAACUGAUAGAGACUUACGAUUAGCCAAGCUGUUUGAUAUGGAAUAUGACUUUUCUUCUCCUUAGCUCCACCCACGGACUCCAAGUAAAGCCUGGACUUUUCUUCUGAAAACUGGACUGUACCAGAACAAGCUAUUUCCAAAGGUUUUGCAGGAAAGUUCCAGCUUACUUAAAGUGAAGGACAGUUCUUGGCUUGGCCCUGGCCUGGUGAGCGGCUCUAUCAGAUGGAAAUGUGGGCUUGAGCCUAAUGGACCUUGGCCAGGCCUACGCACUUGGGCCUUCUCUUCUAAUAUCUAACAGGGGAGGGAUGAGCUAAGUAAUGCUGGCAGCCUAUGGCUCUGGCAUCCAGACACGAGGCCUUUCUUGGCCUACCAAGGGAUCAGACACAUCCUUCUCCUGGGAAGCCUAACAGGCUCCCAUCACACCUACUCAGUGGUAAGAACAAAGUCCCACCCACCUGGGACUUGAUGUUUCCUUCAGGCAAGAAAGCUGCAGCAAACUUGAGGGAAAAUGAGAACUUGAAAGGAGAUGGAGACUCUUCCACAGCCCUGGGCUGUCGUCUGUCUGUCUGUCUGUCCAUCUGGCCGUCCAUUCGUCUGUCUGUCUUUCUGUCUGUCUGUCACUAAGGUUACCUGGAAACAUCAUCCUGGGCUGCUGGAGGAGAUGGAAGAGAUGGGGCUUAGAUAGCCCUUGCCUAGACAUGCUGGAGAUGUGUAUAGGAAGUUAAAUUGGAACCAUUUCAAAAAACUUUUUUUAAAUUUUAAAUAAAAGGUGAUGUUGCUAACAAUAAAA